AUGUGCGAGGAGAGUAGUCUAUUGAUGUUAUCAUGGUGUUGUGAACUGCUCGGUCAGUCACAGCCUUACCUGACCACGCUGGCCGGCCACAACGGAGAUGAUUGCACUGGUUUAGGGCUCUCUGUGCAUGCGCAGCCCGCGUCGUUCUCCCCCGCAGUUCUCAUGCUGGCAGUAUGUGCCAACCUGCGGCAACUUGUUGUUCUGCCACACAUGUCUGCGUGGAAAAAAUGUGUGCUGGAAGAGAUUGCAGACGUGUGUUUGCUACACCUGGACUCCAGUGACACCAGGGUGGCCACUAGCUAUUCAGCUCUUUGGUUGCAACUACCUUGGACUGUUGUGAUGCCGACUUUGGCACAAGGCAUUGUGAAGCAGGGCAGUGUGCGGAGGAGAGUGGAGGUAGCACUACACACACAGCUGACCCACGAUGCCAGCACAGGAGACAUGUCCAAUCAUCACUUUAAAGCGAUUUAUGGCCUUCCUACUGCAGGGACAUGGGAGAGGGGAGUUUGA